AAUACCUCGGUUCGUGUUGGGGUUUGGGUGUUCCGUGGUGGUCAACUGUUGGUCCCUAUAUGAAUCUAUGAUCCAACAUUUGGGUAUCCUGGAAUUCUGAACACGUGACCGAGGGUUUGAGGCAAUGCUCAUCGUCAAAGCAAACCACCGCAGCAGAAAAUAAGAAAGGCGACGAGCAGCGUGGAGGAGGCUCUUUUUAUCAACAUAAUCAAUUAAUGGCGUCGUUCAAUUGGGUUUCCUUUCUUAGAAUUACUCUCCUUCUUCUCCUCGUAGCCGCCAUCACCGUCGCUUGCUUUACUCUGCCCGUUGAAAAGACAUUGAAGGACUUUUUGUUAUGGAUUGAGCAAGAUCUUGGUCCUUGGGGUCCUCUUGCAUUGGCUGUUGCAUAUAUUCCUUUAACAGUUCUGGCAGUUCCUGCAUCAGUACUUACUCUGGGUGGUGGUUAUCUCUUUGGUUUGCCUAUCGGUUUUCUUGCUGACUCCAUUGGUGCUGUGAUUGGUGCAACUGCAGCAUUCCUUAUGGGCAGAACAAUUGGGCGAUCGUAUGUUAUUUCCAAGUUGGAGGAUUACCCACAGUUUCAAGCUGUUGCAAUUGCUAUUGAAAAAUCUGGAUUUAAGAUUGUCUUGCUGCUUCGGCUUGUUCCGUUACUUCCGUUUAACAUGUUGAAUUACCUUUUAUCCGUGACUCCAGUUUCCAUAUGGGAGUACAUGAUGGCUUCAUGGUUGGGAAUGAUGCCGAUUACCUUUGCACUUGUGUAUGUUGGAACAACUUUGAAGGACCUGGCUGCUGUUACUCAUGAAUGGAGUCAAUUCUCAAAAACUCGUUUGGCACUAGUUGUUCUAAGUUUUGUGGUGUCUGUGGUGUUGAUGGUAGUUGUGACGAAAGUUGCAAAGUCGGCUCUUGAGAAGGCUUUGGCAGAAGAUGUGGAUAAAGCUGUAGUAGAUGACAUCGGCAGCAAUUCAUCCACUGUUGUAGAUCUGCAUGAGCCGCUGCUUGUGCAAGAUUAGAUUGAUAUUCAUUCUUCCAACAUUUCUCUCUAUUCCUGUAUGUAUAGUCUACAAACAAAAGACCAAAAUUACUGUAAAUACAUAAGUCAUUAUUCGUAAGCUAGAGUCGGAUUUUAUUUUAGAAAAAUUAAAUAUCCUCCUACC